AGUGAAAACUUCACCAUGUGACAGCAGUAGUCUCUCCUAUAUAAAGCCCGGUGAUGCUCCACGAGCUCAUUCAGGUGCGGAGAGUCAGAGGAGAGAGGAGUGGCACAGAUUCACGCAGCAACCGUAUUUGAAUCUGGGAAUAAAUAGUUUACGCGCAUAAGGAUCGCAUGCUGCACAUGUAGGAUGACUUUUAGGAAAACAUUUGUGUAGCACAUAGAAUCUGAUUGAAAUUGUAUGGGUGCGUAAAGCCGUGCCAUGCAGGUGAACAGCAGCGCGUUGGCACCGAGUUUAGCGGCGUGCGGUCCGGCACUGGACGAGGGCGAUGCGCUGUCGAACCGGACCGCUCUCCACAACCUGUCGCUCCACUGCUGGCUGCAGCUGCUCUCUAAAGAGUACGCGCCGGAGCUCUACGGCGACAGCUCGAGCGUGGCCAUGCGCGUCGUGAUUGCGCUCGUCUACCUGAUCGUGUGCGCGCUGGGGCUCGUCGGGAACCUGCUGGCGCUUUACCUGCUCCAGUCGAGCCACAGACUCAAGCAGUCGUCCAUCAACUGCUUCGUCAUGAGUUUAGCCGUGACGGACCUGCAGUUCGUCCUGACUCUUCCGUUCUGGGCAGUGGACACCGUUUUGGAUUUCAGAUGGCCGUUUGGAAAGGUGAUGUGCAAGAUUAUCAGCUCGGUCACCACCAUGAACAUGUACGCGAGCGUGUUCUUCUUGACAGCCAUGAGCGUUGCGCGCUACUGCUCCCUGUCCUCAUCCCUGCGGAUGCAAAGUCCCAAAACGGCCUCGGCUGAGGUCAAGUGGGCCAGUUUGGGAAUCUGGAUCGUGUCCGUGGUGGCCACCAUUCCUCACGCGGUUUACUCCACCACGGCGCAGGUGUCCGACGACGAGCUGUGCCUCGUCCGCUUCUCGGAUUCCGGUAACUGGGACCCGCAGCUGCUUCUGGGUCUCUAUCAAACCCAGAAGGUACUUCUGGGCUUUGUGAUUCCGCUGGUCAUCAUCUGCGUUUGUUACCUCCUCCUGCUGCGCUUCGUUCUGCGGCGGCGCGUCAGUGGAAUUCCCGGCUCGGACAGCGAGAGAGGGCGGCACAAGCGCCGUUCCAAAGUCACCAGAUCGGUCACCAUCGUGGUUCUAUCGUUCUUUCUGUGCUGGCUGCCCAACCAAGCACUGACCCUUUGGGGGGUGCUCAUCAAAUUUGACCUGGUGCCAUUCAGUAACGCGUUUUACAACGCGCAGGCCUACGCGUUCCCCAUCACUGUGUGCCUGGCGCACACCAACAGCUGCCUGAACCCGGUGCUAUACUGUCUGAUCCGCCAGGAGUACCGGACCGGCCUCAAGAAACUGCUGUUUAGAGCCACUCCGUCCAUCCGGAACCUGGCCAAGCUGGUGUACCGGGGGAAGAAGGUGGCGGAGGCUCCGCCUGGAGUGUCCGUGGUGCAGAUGGAGAUCGGGAUGUGAUGUUACCAACGAGGAAAAAAGUCACUGAGACUCGUUUGAACUUUCGAAUGCAUCUUUGUAUACCUCUGCAACGUGGACUUGCAAAUAUCAGACAUUGCUGAUAUGAAAUAGCAUUGCAUUGAUGCGUAUAAAACAUGAAUGAUACUAGUCGAAUACUGGACACAUAUUUUUUUCGGGUUUCUCAAGAUCUCAAAACCCUCAAGACGUGUUUUUUUCUUGAUAUAAUUUUUUUUCAUAUAAGUUUAAGGAAAUAUUUCUUAAACAGCUGAAGGCUUUUUUCCCUUAAAAUAUUUGUUUGCUUGUUUGUUUAAAUGUAGUUAGCCUAUUUAUUUUUGUUUAAUGGGUGAACUGAAGCUGACAGUAAAGUAAAAGCAUGUGCAAGUGUCUAUAUGUUCAUUCCUCAAUAUAUAAUUCCCAUACUUCUGUUUAGAUUAUUGGAGUAUGUUUUACACAAUUUCAGUCUUUUAAUUGCAAAAUGUCACGUUUAAUUAC